AUGUUAAUUGUAGCACCGGCUCACUCGUGGCCGUGGGCUGUGGCCGUGUAUACGGGUUCGGGAUCUAGUUUUCAAAACUACAAGUUUAUUUGCGGCGCUUCAGUGAUCAGCUCUCGGCAUGUGUUGGGUGCGGCUCAUUGUGUUUCGCACAACAAUCGCAUCACAAAACCAGAAAAUAUUCGACUCCUCAUCGGAUCUCAUGAUCGACGCUAUGAAGGCAUGUAUUAUAGAGUACACAAAGUUUUGGUUCACAAUAAAUAUGACGAACGGCUUAUGCAAAACGAUAUCGCAUUGUAUGAAUUGGUUGACGCAAUUGACUUCAAUAAAACCCUCAAUAUAUCACCCGUAUGUCUGCCCGACGCAGACAUGCAAUCACGCGAUUAUAGCCACCAAAUGGCACAACUAAUUGGAUGGGGAACCACAUCAGCCGGAGGACAGACCAGUGAUUACUUAAGACAAGUACAGGUGCCCAUCAUUACUAACAGAGAAUGUUCACGAAGUUAUAAUUCACUUAUGAUUACAUCAAAACAAAUGUGCGCCGGAUUUGUGACCGGAAAGAGAGACUCGUGUCAGGGCGAUUCUGGGGGUCCUAUGACUGUUGUGAAUGAGGAGAGAGACGGGCGUUACGUACAGUUGGGCAUAGUUUCGUGGGGCAAGGGAUGUGCCGAACCCAAAUAUCCAGGAGUUUACACUAAAUCACUCAAAUCCGUCAAAAUCAGAAUCAGAUUCUGUUUCAAAUGCAGCUAA